UUCCAGAAAAAGAAAUUUGAAAUUCGCGCGCUCAGUUACCCGGGGAAACUAACCUUCUACACGACCAGCGACGAGAAGAGCAAACACCUGUUGUACCUGUGUCGCCUCACGCACCUGUUCAACCUGGCCUUGCAACCUCGUCUUGCAGAGGUCCGGCAAAUUCAAGAGGAAGAUCGGAGGCGCUACCGAGACAGUUACAUCUACAGUGACCGUUACGUGGAGAUGGGCGGCCUGUCCGAUACCCUAGGAGGGCUGAGGGGAUACUUGGCUAAGACUUCGGCCGACCAACGCGUGUCUGUGAUCUCGAACACCUCUUCGAACACCACGUCGGGCAUCGUGUCCGAUCGUGUGCUUUCCCUCGAUGGCAGUGAGGAUGAUCUGGACUCGGAGGUGCUGGUCAACACGCCCCCCGCCGCCAGCAUCGAGAGCGGCGUCGAGUCCCUGACCAGGUCCCUCUCGCGCCUCGAUUCGUCGUCGAGUAGCACCCACGCCCACACCCCGGACUAUGAUGAGGAGAGCUUGAGCAGACCGUCGUUCACUCCGCCGUCGUCGACACCGCCCUCCGGGGGGCGCGUGCGGGACGGCGUGGGCCUCUGCGGCAGCGAGGCGGGAGGGGUCUCCCUAGGCCGCGCGGGCAGCGUGCACUCCUCGUCCUCGCAGCACUCCGCCUCCACCGUCCGCUCAAGGUACUCCAACAUCCCCCACAGACUGCCGCCAGAUCUGACCCUCGGGGCCGACCUGGCGGACCUGUCCCUCGCCCAGGACCUCCCCGACCUGGCCGACCUGCCGGGCAUGGCGGCCGACCGCUCGGGGCGGGCCGGCGACGAGGAGAGCGAGCUGUGCGCGGGCAUGUCCCACACCCAGCACAACUGCUGCUCCACCUGCUGCGACGACGACAACGCCUACAUCACGUCUGCGGACGACCCGGAGGAGGGCGCCGACGACCAGCACUGCAAGUGCGGCUCCUGCGCCAUGUGCAUCCUGCAGCAGGCGUCGGCGGGCUUCCUGCACCAGAAGCUGGAUAGCGAAAACUCGAGCGUGGCGGCGCAGCGUGGGGACGCCGGCCCGCACACCUACAACGACUCCCUGGACUCCGCCAGCGCCUCGACGCACUUCUUCGGCAGCCCCACCUUCGUCAGCGACGAGACCUCAGUGAUGGUGCAGCCCGACCUCGACGAGUCGGUGACCUCCACCUACAACUUCUCCGAGGAGGACUUCAGCCAGCUGGACAACAACGACGACUACGUGGAGUUUUUCAAGGACGGGCUGAGGUUCCCGGACCAGGCGGGCGGCCAGCUCGAGCGGAGGGACCUCUCAGAGGAGCGGGCGAAUCUCACGCCGCCCACGAGCGUCCACCGCCUGAGCCCGCAAGGCCUAGGGGCUCAGGGGCUCGUCACGCAGAGGGUUGGGGCGCAGCCGGUGACCACGUCAGCUGAAGGGGCCGCGGCGUCGCCUCUGUCAGAUCAGCAGGAGGAGGAGCACCUGGACUACUCGGUCGAGAGCGCUCAGGCGUCCCUCUCGACGUCCUACUCCCCCGCCCUUGCCAUUUCCUUGGGCGCCUUUCGGCCGCGCGCCUCCGUGUCGUCCACCUUCGACACGGACAGCGACUACGUCCAAGUGUCGGGAACGGACGCCCGGUUCUUGGUGACGUCGCCGGCCCCUGUCUCCAUGUCCACAGUCACGACCAUCACGCCGGUGGCCAUCGCCUCCUCGCGCGUGAACACGGCCUCGCCGAACGGCUCCCUGCCCCGCACCGGCGAGCCGAACAGCAACAGGUCCUCCCUGGCGACGCCCGACGCCGUCAUCUGCGAAACGGCCGUGGCCAGUGCCAGCGAAGCCCCGGCGAAGUUUAUUACGUCCAAGCCCCGGAUCACAGUGCUGAAGGCACACACACAGCUGGCGGCGACAGCAGCGCCCUCGUUCACGUCGGUGCCGCUGAGCAGAGGCAUGGUCCACACGCUGCCUCAGGUCCAGCAGAGGCCCAAGAUCGACACCGUGCAGUCGCUGCAGCGCGGGGCGGCGCACCUCCCGGAGAUGAGGCCGCUGGGCCUCCCUCCGCCGUACGCGCGCGACCACCGCUCCAACAAGGUCAAGGCCAUGGCGGGGCCCGGCGGCGCCGAGGUGCCGGUGAUCAGGAAGAACAAUUACCUUGAUGUGCGCGCCUCCGCGUCCAUGAACAAAAACAAGGCGCGCGUGCACCCAGAGCAGCAUCCUACUGUCACGCCAAGGAGCCUCUACCUCAGACACCAACAGAAAGCCCUGCAGCAACAACAGCUCAAGCAGCAGCAGCAAAUUCAGCAACUGCAGCAGCGUAUCAGCAGUGAAACUGUUUACCAGCCGGCAGCUUAUGCCCAAGGCGUCGGGGUACCGCUGCUACCGUCACCCACAUACACGGGCUUCCAGCAACAGCAGCAGGCUCAUUCUCUUAGUAUUCAGCAACCCGUCCAUAGCCUCGUACAAGCUCAGCAGCAGCACCAUCAUCAACAACAACAGCAACAGCAACAGCAGCAGCAGCAGCAGCAUCAGCAGCAACAGCAUCAGCAGCAGCCUCAGCAAAGCUACUUAUAUCAGCCGUAUAUUAAGAACUUCUUUCAGAAUCCUCCGCCUCCGUCGCCGCACCAUGGCUACGGUGUGGGUGCGGGUCCUGGCGGCAGUGGCUACCAGGUGGCGCUGGAGGCGGCGUCGCCGACCUACCAGUGCGCCAGCGACCCUGGGACGUUCCAGACCCACCAGUCACUGGCCACGGUCUACACCAACCAGGUGAGCCUGAGCCAGAUCGAACAGUUCAAGGCCCAGCUCUACUCGGACGUGGAUUACGUCAUCUACCCCAUGAAGGAUCCUGCGCUCAGUCGCCAAGAGUACAUGGAUGCCAAGCAAGGCCAGGUGAUCGCCACGCAGGCGCAGCAGCAGCAGCACGCCGGGAGCAGCAGCAGCAGCUUCGCCUACCUGCAUCCUCCGCCGCCGUACCGCACGCGCAAGCUCUCGCCCUUGUACAGAUCGUCGCCGAACGUCGCGGGCACCCUGAGCAGCUGCAGCGGCGGCAGCGGCAGCGGCGUCAUCACGGGCGGAGGCAGCGCGUCCCUGUUGUCGUCGUACCCGUCGUACCAGAGCCUCACCUCGCAGCACCCCGGCUCGUCCUCCGGCUACUCGUCCAUGGCGCGGGGACGCUACUUCUCGCAGCAGUCCCUGGCGUCGUCGUCCCUGUCCUCCGCGCCUUCUGGAUACUCCGCUUCCACGCAGAGUCUCACUGGAAGCUACGAGCCCUACUCCGAGGUCAUGCUGCGUUCGGCCUCCAUGAUGCGAGUCCGCUCGGACGAGUCCAUCCUGUCCUCUGCUCUGGCGGACUCGGCGGACCCUGCGGCUCCGUCAGGCCAACAGCUGCCUCCGCCCCCACCUUACCGGCCCAAGGAAACCCUGGACGGGACUGGGAGUGUUCAUGGGUCCUCCAAGGGAAGUAUUGGGCGGAGUCGUAGCCACAAGUCAGGGGGGCGCCUCAGCCUGCAGCAGCUGCGGGAGCGGAGUCAGCUCAUGGACGUGCCCCUCAUCGCUGCCCUCUGCUCGGACACCUCACUCAUCUCGCAUCCAGGCCGCACCCCUUCCACCGAUUCCACCUCAGCAUCCGGCAAUGGUGACAGCCCCGCACUUGCCCAGCCUGACGCCUCAGGCUCGCCAGGCCCUCACUCCACAGCGCAGGCAUCCCCCUACAUGACCGACACUUUCUCCAACCCUUUGAUAGAUAUCCAGCCGGCGCCGGCGAGGCAGAGGCAGAGAGGGCUCAAGGCUACGCGCAGGUACUCUGUGUCAGGUGUCUACACCACCAACCAGGUGCCCGUCGCACACAUCAAGCCGAAGUGUGGUGGCAAGACAUUCAGCGGUGUCCAUCAUCACCCGAGCAAGACUUCCCAGCAGACACAAUCUCCGAAGCCUGUAAAUGACCCUUCAAUAACUAAGGUCAUUCCAUAGGUCAAGGACACUUCAGGAAUCUUUUUUGUGCUAUUUGCAGCAAAACAUGCAAAGCAGCUUUGCAUAUCUUUGGCAUUUCUGAAACUGAGUUUCUCUUUUACCUCAUAUUGUAUUAGGGUCCACGUGCAUUCACUUUUAUGAUACUGUGCUGUAGAUUUCAUACAGCAAUGUCAGCAUAAGAUAUUUUGCAAAGUACUGUAUUGCCAUAAAAGAAAACUAGAAAUAACUCUGUCAUUGCUACAGAUAUAAAUCAUGGUUGUAUUCAGUAGGAAUCUUAAUAGAAUCAUGGUUCAUUGUACACACAGUUGAAGGUUGUUUUCGUCUUUAUGGAUAAUUAUGGUUACCAUGAUACAGAGUUGGUAAAUGUGGUAAGAGAUAUGCGGCAAAUCUUGAGAAUUCACAUCACCAUGAUCUCGGAGGCUCUGGCUGGGCUGCUCCUCUUGUGUUUCUGCCGUGAGCUCACACAUAAGGAUACACACUCAGGCAAUCUUUCAUUUUUGUUAUUCAUAAUCGGUCUCAUUUUGUCCUCUAACGGUCAAUGUCGUUUGGAUCUUAGGGAAAUUGUAAAAAGUCUUAGAUUUGGUUAUUUCAGGAGCAUGCUUUCUUCCAUUGAUGAUUCUGUGAAAAGUCUCCCAUCACUUUUUACUCCAUAAUUACGUCCUCAUCCAUUUUACAUAGAUUUAGCUCUUUUCUUUUCUCAGUCACUGCUAAUACUUGCUGUUACUCUGUUGUUGAGCAAACUGAAAAAAAAAGAAAUUUGAUUUUUUUGUUGUUGCAGAGGAAUGCAUUUUCAUGGAUAUUUAUUAUAGGUAAUUCAGGGUUUAAAUGUUGAAAAUAUUCUCAUGUUUAGACCAUAGAUGGAACUGUAAUUCUGAUGCUAUUGGUUAUAUUGAGAGUAUAAAAAUAUGAUUUUCUGAAAAUGUAUUUGUAUGGAGCAUAUAAUUAUUUUAACACACACACACACACACACACACACACACACACACACACACACACACACACACACACACACACACACACACACACACACACACACACACACACACACACACACACACAUUUAUAUAUUCCCACAUGCAUCACACAGUAUAGGGUUCAAGUGAAUUCUGUCUCUGCAAGCUCACUUUAGUUCCCAUUUCUUGGCCAGGCAGCUGUCAGUGCUCAGCAGUCAGAGGCAUAGUAACAAGCAGUUGGCAGUGGCUGGCUUUCAUGUGUAAGGCAAGUCUUCUCGAGAAGGCCUUUUGCCAGGUUGAGUCCAGCCAUCCGUCCAUAUGCACUGUCAACCACUACCAUUACUGCCAUUUUUCAUUUUUAUAGCAAUAUAUUAUUUAACUUUCUUGUUCCGUGAACAGUAGCACACUUUAACUUUCAUUUUUUUUUGUUUGAUUAAAAGAAAUGGAGGUUCUGAUAUGUCUAGCAUUUAUGUUGCCUCAUGGGUAAGUUAUAAACAUUAAGUUAUCUCACUUUUAAGUUCUUUGUUGUGGAACUGGGAAUAAAAGACACAAUGGUAUAUCUUUUUAUAAGUAAAAUAUUAUUUAUGUACAAUUUGAAAGGAGAGGGAAAAAUUAGUAGUUAUGAUUGGGACAUGUUUCACUCCAAAGAAUUUCUGAAGUGCAGUGUAGCAUAGCGAAAUGACUUUUUUUUAUUUACGAUAGAUUCAUUUAGUGUGAAGAGUGGAGCACUGAGUAUCAGGAACAUUUCAGAUUUGUCAAAUAGGUGGUUGGCAGUGGACUUAGUAUUAAUUUUAUUUACUGUAGAUUUAACAUUUUACUUUAAUAUGCUCUUUGUAUGCUGGGUUGAAUGCUCAGUUCUCCAAAGGCAACUAAUAUUGCAUCACUGUAUGUACUCAUACUCAGGGUCUGGUAUUGGAAGCAUCUAUGUGAUUUUCCAUCUUCAUAUGUACAUAUUUCUGAGUUGGUCAAAAUUAGACAGUAAGUUGAGCUGUUCAUGUCUGUGUUGUCUAAUAUUUAUUUAUUGAAUUCCUCCCAAUAUAGUACAAUUUACAUUUGUAUUUGUAACACUGAUAUGUUUUCUUGUUGGCUAUGGGAUUGACCAGUUGGACCAAGAAGAGUGAAAUAAAUCAAUGCAUAAUGAUACUUUAAAAAUGUAGUACCAGUUUUCGAUUCACAUUAUUGUGGUAAACUGCUGUGCUGUUACUGUAAUAAGGGUUACAGUGUGUCAGAUAUAGCAAGGUAAGAAUAAAAAAGCAACCAGUGUGGGCAUCUUAUUCAUAUAGCUCAGUUUACAGAAGGCAUUUAUAAUUUUAAAGAAGUUAUUUUUUAUAUUUUAGCAUUCAUGCCGUAUCUGGUAUUUUAAAUGUUAUCAAGCCAUUUUAAGUUUUAAGGUCAUAUGUACGUAGACCAAGAUAAUAUGACAGUGAUGAUUUAGAUACAUAGUGUAUGCAAACUUUUCUUUUGAUUUAUACACUUUACAAAUAUUUUUUCUUUUGUAAUUGUUAUUUUGUUUAUAUAUAGGUUUAUUUUAUUUCGUUACUCUGAAUUUAAUUUCUAAGUUCUAAUAACCAAAAAAGAAUAGAAGAAAAGUUAUGUUAAAUUUCAGAUACAAAAUUUACAGUCUUUGCUGUAAUAUUAUAUUAUGCCAUAUUUUGAAAUUUACUUAAAGACAUACUUACCUUCAAGGUUUCUGUUUUGCUCAUGUUGAUAAGUACUUCUGGUACAAUAAAGUUUUCCUUAAGAAUAGAUUAUCCUCGGUGGAAUAAUGAAUUGAAAAUGUGUUAAAUGAAAAUGUAUUAAAGAAUAAAAGUUGAGAUGCACUAAGCAUUAAAGAAAUUAAAGUACUCAUGAUUUACAUGCAGAAGGAGUAUCCUCCAUUAAAAAGGAAAUAUUAGGACGGUCAUUGUAUUAUCCACACAUUGUCAUGUAACCAUAAGUAAUGCAUAUGUUUUGAGGACUUUGUUACAUGAUAUUUAAAAAAUGACCAAAAUAAUUUGCAUUAUAAGCACCUGUAAAAUAUAGAAAUUAUUUCCUGGUUAUCUAUUACAGAUGCUAACAAAUUGUACCUUCAAUUAGAAAGAAUUAUCCAAGUUUGUAAUAUAAAAACAGAUGCCAAUAUAUUUGCAAAAAAGGUGCAAAAAUAGUAUCAGCAUUUUUUCUAUAUGUAGUGUUACUGUAUAUGUUAAUAUGUCACAUGAUUUUUUUUUCUUAUCUACAGUGAUUAGCAAUAGAAGUAUGUAAUCAUAUUGUUAACCCCUUGUCACCAGAAAAAUGUACUGUUCACUGUAAUAUUAUAUUGUGAAAUGUCUCUGUAUAUGGGUAUCUCUGCAAGUGCUUAGCUACAGAGGAGUCAAUGAGUAGACCUUGUGACCUCACCUGAUUUCACCUUGCCUUGAGUUUUCAGGAAAAGUAUUUUUUUUUGCUAGUGCUUGUUAUUAUUAGUCACUAUAAUUAGUAUAAUAUUAUUGACAUUGUAACAGCAGUAUAAGAUACAAGAAAAAAAUAUCUGAAAUCAAGGAAAAGAGUAAAUAGGUGAGAUAGAUAGGACUAGUAAUUGGCUCAUUGGUGACGUAGAAUCAUCUGCGUGUAAUGAUGAUUAGUAAACUAAACUCAUUGUGGGCAUGGCACAUAUGUACAUGCCACCCCUGGCGACAUCAGGUUAACAGUAUCUAUUACCCAGACAGGCAUAUUCAUGACGUGUACUUUGUAAGAAAGUCUUUGUCAUAAAGGAAUAGGCAUAGCAACUGGAAACAGUGUGUAAAGGAACUACUACAAGUUGUGAAAUUUGUUGGUUGUUAAUUGUUUUAGAAAUUUUAUACAAUUAUUAGCAAUUUUUAUUUCUGUUGGAAUUAUAUGUAUCAUAUCAAUAAGCUCUGACAUUUAGAAAUAUGACUAUGAAAACAGGCGUAGUUGAAGAGGUAAUCUUUUGAUUAUGUUUGGUUGUCACAGAACAGGAUUUGGAUGUGGUUAGACUGCUGUGUUAACUGAAAUUCAGAAGCCAUUAAUAGUUUUAUGUUGAUCAUAGCAUGUUGAAAGUUAUGCAUUCUCAAUUUACAGUCAAUCAAUGUACAAUUGCUAUUGGUAAAGCAUCAGUGGAAAUGCUUUCUAUAAGAUAGAGUUUGAAUUGUUGCAGCAAUAAAUUCAUUACUGUUAUUUAUUAAAGCACAAAAAUGUAUAAUCCACUGAAAACACAUACAUGAACAGCUUGUUAUGUGUUGUUGUGAACUUCAAGGAUGAAUAGUUGAAAGUAAAGAAAUCAUAUUUUGCUUAAACUUCUUGAAUGAAAGAUGCUUGUGAAGAUCAUUGUAAUUUUAGUUAUGCUAGUUGUAGAAUUGAUAUAUUUGUCUCAGUUGCAGUGGGCAUUUAUUUCUAGGUGUAUGAAACAUGCUCAAUAGCAUAUCAGUAUGGUGUCUAAUAUUCAAACGAGUUUGUAAGUUUAAUAUACAGGUUUAUGAUAUUUGAUUCGUUAAUUGUCAGACAAGAAUAGAAUAAAGAAUUUGUACAGAGACUGUACUAACAUGCAAUGGAUAUUCAGCUGUGAAGUGAUACUAAAUCAACUUAUAAAAGUACCUUCUAGAAUAUCUGCUGUAUCAUACUCAAAUUCAAUUUUUUCUAGAACUUUAAUCUUAAGUUGGCCAAAGUAGUAAUUAAGAGAUAAAUAUGUGAAUAAGAAAUGUAAAUCUUUAAGUAACGCAAAUUCGGAAAUACUACAGCAGAUUCAAUUUUUUUUUUUUUUUU